AUGAUUUUGCAUGGUUAUAUUGUCGCAUUUCAUGCAAAUUUCUGCGCUUGUCGACACCUGCCUGCGUUGUUCGAUGAAUGUGCACACGCCACCACUUCAAUAAAUAUCCCACUCAAAGCAUUUCGAAUCCUUCUUCCACCCGUCCCUCCGACAAUAUAUCCGAACCCCCAAAACACAAUCUUCCCUUCUCAAAGGCCAUCGCUCCUCAGCUUUGUCUUCGCCGGCGUCCGCUCUCCUCACUGCUUAUUUCCUGCAAUGUCACCACCGAGCCCUGCUUUCGCGCCUGUAUGUUCAUUCUUAGGUAUUAGGUCUUCGGUGUCGCAUCAGUCCUCUACUUCAUCCCUUCGGUUGAAGCCACCUCCAACUCGUACGCCUGGCGUUGUCCACGUGACCACAGCGGUCCUCGAUACGCCGGCAAGCAACACCUACCUCCAGCGUCAUGCAGAGGCAACUCUGCGCGAUUUUCUGACACGACGGGCAGUCAACACUGUCCAAUACUACAUGCAUGAGCUCGGGGAUGGGCCUGGACGUACAUGGCUGAGAAGUUUCGAUGCCUUCGACGAAAAAGUUCGGGAGGACAAGUUUAUGGAUGGGGAUGCUUAUCUUGACCGUAUGAGUAGAGCACAGAACGAGAAGGGCGUCCUGAGAAUUGGUAAUUCACGAAUAAGCAGGAAAUAUUAUUUCACCAUCGAACCUAAUAGGAUUGCCAAGAGAAUUACGGAUGUAAAACUGCAACUUGCCAGAGAAUGGGCAAAAGAUCUCGGAUGUAUCAAGCAUGAAAACCUCGAGAUUCAGAGGCUUGGUUUUGAGAAGAUGUUGUGUUCUUCAGAGAAGGAGCUUAAUUCGAAGAGGAAUCUUGUAUUUGACUCGGACCCGUUCACCACCGAUCACACUCCGCUUAGGUACAAGAACUACAAAGCUUUGAAAACACUCGUCACAGGCCAUGCUGUUGCCAGGCUUUUGCCAUACACUCGCGAUUGCGGCUCUAACCACGAGUACAUGUACCUUCUCCAGUUUAUGAGCUCGUACGGUGCAAUCAAGGACGGCGAUGAGCUCGUUCGAAUGCUCAUGGAGCGCCCUGUUGAAAAUCGCACCAACCCGGAAUUCGUCAUACAACCGAAGGGCAUCGCUCUUCAAAUUAUGGAGCUUCGUCAGGCAAUUGCGGAAGAAUGGAUUUCUGUCAUGGAAUUCAUCCCGGGAGAGCAGAAUCUCCGAACGAAGAACAUCCUAGAAAACUCGAUGAAGAUUUCUGAUGCUAUCGGCGAGGAUAUACGAAAACCACAGUCAGGAAUUGAUGAUUCCGAAAGCAUCACGGAUAAGGACACGAGUGAGCAGGCUUCGUAGCCUCCAUGCGAUGUGCAUUGUCUCACGACAAACGUGACGGGGAUAUGGGCAAAGGUCUCUUGCUUCUGUACUGAAAAGGGGAAGAAAAUCGCUCGAUUGUGCUAAGCUCAUAUUUUCGACAAACGCGGUGGGGGCUUGCACAUGUAUCUUGUAUUUUUAUCGUAACAUUUUGUUCUGUUGGUUUUCUAAUUGGAAUGGUGGAAUUUGUGACAGGGGUUUUGUAAACUAUGCGUUCCGCACGGGAGCUCUUAGCUGUAGCA